CACUUGUUGCCAAAGCUAACCACAGUUUCUACAACGUACAACGUAUUAAAAGUGUUAUCUUCAACAAAAUUCGUGUAAAAGUUGUGAAAAAGUAUCAAUAAAAAUUGUUACCACUUACCAGACUUCAAUUUUGUUUACGUUCUACACUGAGUGGUGGAGUGGUUAGCUUGACAUCGUAGCGAAUGCGAUGUAGUUUAAAUGUGGUAGUUUCAUUCCCCUCAUUGCAUGCGAUUCUAACGGUAACAUUUGUGUGCGUAAGACCAGAGAGUAAACAAACUAGUUCAUUCGUGACUGCCAGCGUCAGGAAGCACUUUAAUGAAUGGAAUUAGUCCGACAAAAUUAAACAGCAUUAUUUACUGCGACCUGUAGCGGAGAGCGAGGAAUCAUGAGGCCGAUCAAAGUUUCCAUAGAUACGGCCCUAUGUGUAGUAUUUUAUGUUUCGUGCCUUUUUUACUCGUUUUACAAGAACUACGAACUAAGCAACGAGAACCUGCAAAACUACUACUACCUCGAGGAAGGUUGGUCUAUUUUCAAGGGCCGUCGUCGUGAUGACUACGACUGGGAGUGGGAGAUCUACAAAAAGUACGCCAUCAGUAAUGUGCUGUUAUUUGUUCUUCAUGCAUUCCUGUUUGAGAUUAUUAGAAUCCUACGAGUUAAACAAAUUUCUUUAGCGCUGACCAUUUUCGGCUGUGGAGCUGUGUUCUACCUUUACGGUUACAAGGUACUGUUAAUUUUAAUUUUGCAAAACUUUACAUUCUUCGCGGUCGGCCAAUGGACCAAAAGUGCAACCGUACUUUGGAUCAAGGCAUUUCUUUGGAUAGCACUCAUCAACACCGUUAAGAUUCUGUUCUUUUACGACCAACUGAACGUGGUACUCGACAUCGACAACGAUCAGCUGCUAGAGUUUAGUAUCAUCAUUUCAUGGAACGUAAUCAAAUGCACAUGCUUUUGCUUGGAUCGGGUGAAUGCCAGGUCCGAUCAGCAAAGCUACAAAUUCCUGGAUCUAUUGGGAUAUUCAUUUUACUUUCCUCUGCUGUUGUUCGGCCCAGUGAUUAUCUAUGAUCGAUUCAAGGAAUGCCAACGAGUAAGUUGGCCAUUGGAAAGCGUGAACACAUUUGAACGAUUGAAGAAACUAGUGCUACGACUCGUCGUAUGCUACUUCUGGGCAUUGGUAAUGGAAGCUGGUCAGCAUUUUUUCUACAUCAACGUCAUUCAAUUAGAUUUGAAGCUAUUACAUCACGUCAACUUAUGGGCCCUGUACGGCUUGGGUUACCUGAUGGGCCAGUUUUUCUACGUAAAGUAUGUUGUAUUCUAUGGCAUUGGGAUUGCUUUCGGCAACUUCGAUGGUGUUAUAAUGCCUCAUAAACCAAUAUGCAUUGGACGAGUUCAUCUCUACUCAGAUAUGUGGAAAUUUUUCGACCGAGGCUUGUACGAAUUUUUAUUCAAGUACAUCUACACACAACUGUGCACCAAAACGUCUUCAAAUAUUCGGAAGAUUUUUGCCAGCUCAAUAACAUUCAUUUUCAUAUACAUCUGGCAUGGACUGUACACGUUUGUCAUGAUUUGGUCUGCACUAAACUGGAUCUGCAUUGUGAUGGAAGGUUUUGUGAAAAGUAUAUUCGGUACCAAUAGCAAACUGGGGGCGUUGGUAGGAACGCACGUGUUUGUACUAUCUGUUCUGUCGAAUUUCUUUUUCUUUGCUCGAGAGGAAGUUGGUUACAUUUACAUUCGGCGAACUUAUUUCGAAAGUAUUAAUAAUUAUUUCAUGCUCUAUGCGGUAGCUUACUGUUUCUUCAGGACAGGAGAGUUUAUUAAGUCAAUUGAUGGCGACCGGAAGUAUUCGCUCAAAAAGAGUUUUUGAUUAAGCAAGAUACAAAUAAAAAAUGUUCCAAAAGUA